UCUAUGUUCUAUUGUUUGAGUGCUUAAUCUAAUACCUACGGCUGUAGUACAUCAAUCGGACAUCCAUAAACAGACAAUCCUGUAAUAUUAAUAUUCCCCAAAAGAAAAAGUGAGCCCUCAUAAUUAGUACUUGCUCAAUAAAUUAACACACUUCUAGACAAUCCUUGUUUUUUCUUUUGAAGUGUUCUAAACCGUGGUUGAGCUAAAAAAUAAUGCAACUUGUUUGUGCUAGCAGCCCCAUUUGAAGUCAAAGGUCCCUUCAACAGAUGCAUAGAAAUUAAGGCGUCCUUCCAACCAUAAAAUUCCAGUAACAAAUUAGAUCUCCCAUCUUCAUUCUUUUAUCAGUUAGCAAAUCAGCAAGGAAAGUUAUGGCUUUUGGAAAGGAGGACCUUGAUUUGGUGUUGGUCCCAAGUGGAUUGCUGAUCAUGUUUGUCUAUCACAUCUUCCUUCUCUACAGAUAUCUUCAUCUCCCUCACACCACAGUCAUUGGCUUUGAGAACAAUGACAAAAGAGCUUGGGUUGAAAGAAUUAUGCAGGUUGAUAAAAGAGACAUCGGCACAGCCCUCAAUGUGAUUUCAUCCAACAUAUCAGCAGCAACUUUUUUGUGUUCCAUCUCCUUAACUCUCAGUUCUCUCAUUGGAGCUUGGCUUGGAAGUAAUUCCAGCAAUGACGUCUUUACGAGCGAAUUAAUCUACGGCAACGUGAGCCCCUCAAUCCUUACCAUCAAGUACAUAAGCCUCUUAACUUGUUUUCUUCUAGCCUUUGCAUGCUUUGUUCAAUCAGCAAGGCACUUUGUUCAUGCAAACUAUCUGAUAAGCACACCAGACAGUAAUAUUCCGGCUUGGUACGUGGAGCUGGCAGUUAUAAGAGGAGGUGAUUUCUGGUCACUUGGGCUUAGAGCACUCUAUUUUGCUCUAACUCUGCUUCUGUGGUUUUUUGGUCCAAUACCAAUGUUUCUGUCCUCCAUCGUUUUGGUCAUACUCCUCCAUUACAUGGACAAAAACACCAGACCUUUGCACGACCACCAGCUUCCGGGAAGGCAGCUGGUUAAAAAGGUUGGUCAGAGAAUCACAGAGGUGGCUGUGAACAUUCAUCAGCAUACAGAAGCAGUUGAAGCUACUGUCUAAUUAUUAAUUUAUUGGAUUGGAAGCACCAAAUUUUUUUUAUGUGAAAUUGUAAAUGCAAUUACGUAUGCGUGUUAAUUUGGAGUUGUUGGAUAGUAGAUAGCGUAGAGAAAGGUAAUUUGAUUGAAAAAAACGAAUGUAAUAAAGUUUCAAAGGCCAGAAAUUAGAAGAUUAACUUCACUU